CACAGUGCUUUUGCGGCGGCUGAUGCUGGCUCCAAGGCUGAGGAAGUAAGAGCAAGAGACGAUCGUCAUAAGGUCUUUAUCAUGCGUCCCUUAGUGAGGUCGAAGAUAGGGGGGCUGGGCAUGUUCACGUCGAUGCUAUCCAGACGGAUGUCGUCGAGCCUGCAGAACCCGGGAUAUCUGAGACAAUUCAGCUGCCCUGGGCUAUAGAAGAUAUGGUUCUGAAGGACGACGAGUUUGCAGAAUACUGCUCCCUGAGCAUAUUAAUGAAUGAGCUCGAUACACUGCUAGAAACGACGAACACGUAUUGGGCAGAGGCAGCGGAUGGAGGGAUGCCCAUCCCGGUAGCAGCAUGGCUGUCUACUACUGUCUUUCACGCCGUGGCAAGAAUCUUCACCAGAUACAGUACCAUCGCUCCAUCCUACGACGUCCUGAUGGAGAAGUGGUUCAAGCACCGCGAAAUAUGGCCGUGGCGCAUCCGAUUCCGUGAUAUCCCCGCGCUGAGUAAAGAGGAAGGGCCGUGCUGGGAUGGCAUCGCCCUUUGGUACUAUGGCAAACUGCUCAGUGACUGUAGAACGCAGAAGGAGUAUGAGAAAAUCGUUCCAACCGCGGGGAGUAGGCAGACGCCGCAGAUGCUUAUUCCCAACCCCGCGACGACCUCCUAUCGCGACGUGGCCGAAUACGACAACGCCAUGGACAAGAUGCAGGAGAGCAUGCGUCUGGGCCUCGUGGAGAAGCGAGGAAUUCGCAAACUCGAGCCCGCCGGGGCGCUGCAGUAUGUCUGCGAGCCGCUGCUCCCAGUGCUUGCGAGCGCGCUGGCCAACAAAAACGACCCCGUGCCCUUCCAUCUCGUCUUCGGCUACGAAAUGCUUCUCUCGUCAUUCAAGACGCAUCUCUGGCGUAACCCACGGCAAAACUGCCGUCUCGCCGCCCUCCGUCUAGCCAUGGAGGUGAAAAGCGAGGCCGAAAAGGCCGCAGACCCGGCGCUCUUCAACUGCAAAUGCACAGCCAAAAAUUGUAUCCUGUGCACCAUGCAAUGGGGUCUUGCUGAUACCGCGUCCCGUCUCGAUGCCUACGUUCGGGAGGUCAGAUUCGACCUGUACUACCAAGCCCCCUGGACGGCGGGCUGCCACAUGGUCGAGACGCUGGUCUUCGCCCGCUACGAGGGCUUGAAUCUGUGUCUCAGCUCCGGCAUCGUGGCCGCGCUGCUGCAUCUGUACAACGCGCUCGUGCACGUGAGCCCUGCGAUGCCGCGCGUUAAGCUCCUCGAUGACUUCUGCGCUCUGUUCAAAGAGCAAGUCUUCCUAGGCACCUUGCCCAUGGACAACUUCUCAUCGCAUUUCCGCCGCGCAAUGGGCGGCAAGUUAUCCAAACCCGGCAGUGAAGACGGCCCCUCCUCCCCGUCGUCGUCGCGCAUUGCCCUCCCGACAAAAGCACAACUCACACACGCUAUCAAACCAGGCUCCUCGCUCUUCUACGACAUGCAUAACUUCAGCUUCGCGCCCACACCUGCUAUCUGGACACGUGCAUACCUCGGUCCCGGCACCGCGGCCACGUCGGCCAAGAAACAGCGCGACGUGCUUGACCUCGUCCACACCGCGCCCUUCAACGUGCCGCUAGGGAAACUCGGCGACGCGGUUAUGUCCGAGUUCACUGGCUCGCAGCCCAUGAUGCGCAUCAAUUAUUUCGCCAUCCACUCUUUCUGCGCCCGGGUGAUGCGCGCGCUGGACGAAGCGCUGCUGUAUGGCAGCAAGGUGCAUGGCGUGCAUAUCGUGGAUGACUUGCUGGGGGGAAUUAUGCGGCAUUUGGGAGAUGACGGGGCAAGACGGGUGCUACGAUUCUGGGGGCCGAUGGUGUGUGUGAAGAGGGUUUUUGGGGAGGUGGAUGGGCAGAGAGGAAUGGAAGGGUUUUUGUGGCGCGUUUAACGCGCUGGAUAGGUUUAUGGCGGGUCAGUGUUGGGAGUGCGCAUAGUGGGAUUAUAUUACCGGUCUAUGACAUCUUACCGCGCUGUGUGUCUGUUUUUGAUGUCCCGUUUAAAUACUCAGUGUCUACUAGUCGUACUUACAACUCAGAUGCUG